GUUCAUCGACAACGCUUUUUUAUUCGGCUGUAUCCCGCGGCACCACAUCUGCUGGUGUGUGACUUAGACGCUCCUCUCUUCGUGCUUUGUACGACCUUGGCUUUUACAGCUCUUGUUGUUGUCGUUUUCACCGCCCGCCCCCCCCCCCCCUUCCCACGUUUCCAUUCCAAACAACGCAUUUCAGUAAAGCAACGAGCACUGUCGCAGAGUUGAAGUGUCUCUUUCGAUUACGCAAUCGCUAGCUUCUUUCUUCUUUCUUUUCUUCUUCUUACAGUCGCGCGGCAUAUUAUUCUUAUUGCUUCUUAGAUUCACCCACCCUUUCUUUGUCACCGAUAACGCGUGUGUUUCCACACAUCUUAACUUGCGAAGUUCUCUUGCACUAUCCCACUCCGCCAGAAGUCCCGUUGUGCAUUUCACCAGGUACCGUUGUUCAAAGCAUCCUGGGAAAUAACGAAACAACGAGGAGCUGAAAGAGGGUUUCUUCUGUCUUCACCUGCGUGCUCUCCCCUCUUGUCUUCUUCUCUGAGGCAGCGAGCGACGGCAUUACAGCGUUGCUUUAGCUACAUAUACACACUGUGAAGUGAUACUUUCUUUUCCGCAAAUUUACUCUAUUUCCAUUUUGUAUUGCUUGCUACACUCACCUAGAUAUCUUGUUCUUUUACAUUCCCCCCCCCCCCUUCGCUCUCUUUGUUUUGGUUUGUUGAUUCAACGUAGAAGUCUCCUGUUCCGACGACACAGCAGCCUCUGCUUGUUCUCCUAUUGUGACGUAUUGCUUUUGGCUGUUGACUCCCCCCCUUCUUUCUCGCAACACCUUCGUCGUUGGGGAGUUUCUCAAAGUAGGCUGUCUUCGAAUAGCCUCUUCCUCUGUACCGCGAACAUCAACACCGUUUAUCUUAUCUUCGCUAGAGUUUUUUUUACUAUUUUCUAUUUUGGUUUGUCGCUGCUGUUGUGACCUUAAAGAUUGCGUUGGGCGGCCUUUUCUCUUCCCUUCCGCACAGCUGUCGUCAAGUUUAUUGUACUGUUUUCCUUACUUUGUUUUCCUUUUCCCUGUACUGUAGAGGCGCACCAUCGUUGACGAACUCCACGCGUGUAAAAGCGUUAGUGCCUCUCCCCUCACACACCCGAUAGAAUCCUCAUUAUUGUUUUUGUCUGUUGUGUGUCUAUAGCCAAGUGAAAAUGGAGUUCAAGCGUUCCAACUCCUCUCGCGGUCCCCUCGCCUCCGGCCGUCGCGGUCACGCCGUCGGCGGCGGCGUCACACCGAAGCGUUCUACAACGCCUCUGAAGAAAGCAUCUGCACGUGGAACCCCCACUGCACCCGCACCAGCAGCCGCAGUUGCCGCUACGCCACCGCUGCCGCCGCGCCCGUCCGCGCUGCCGUCCGCACGCGAGCCGGCGCUCGAGACACCGAAGACGCCAACACCUGACUCGUUUGAACGCAGUGGCGCCGCGACGGGCAGCAGGGGUGGCUUUAAGCGCUCCAACACGGCGGUAGGACUCCGGCGUGCUGAAGCUGUGAAGCGCAACAACCGCGUCAACGUGUAUGUGCGCGUGCGUGCGUUCCGCGACGACGAGAAGAGCGGCGAGCUGAGCCAGCUUGCGGUGAACAUGGACAACGACGCGGUGGAGGUGACGGUGCCGAAGAAGGGCCGCUUCACCUUCGGGUUCGACGGGUGCUUCUGGAGCAACGACCGCGCGUGUCCGUCCGGCAAGACGUCGUCGUCGCAGGAGGACGUGUUCGAGGAGGUGGGCCGGCCGCUCGUGGAGAACGCGCUGGCGGGCUACAACGCUGCGGUGAUGGCGUACGGGCAGACGGGCAGCGGCAAGACGUACACGGCGUUCGGGCCGCCGGGGUCGAUCGGGACGUCGCAGGAGGGCCUCAUCCCGCGCGUGUGCAACAUGAUCUUCGCGCGUGCGGCGAACAGCGCGCAGAAGGGCGUGACGUACACGGUGUCCGCGUCGAUGCUGGAGGUGUACCUGGAGGACGUGUUCGACCUGCUGAACCACCGCAAGGAGCUGAGCGUGCGGAACGACUUCACGAGCAACACGUUCAGCGUUGUGGGGCAGAAGACGGUGCUGGUGAAGAGCUACAAGGACGUGCUGGCUGUGCUGAACAAGGCGGAGCCGCUGCGCACCUUCGCCGCGACGAACAUCCACGACCACUCGUCGCGCGCGCACACGCUGUUCCUGCUGGAGGUGCAGACGCACUUCGACGCGCCGGACCUUGCGCCGCGCUGUGCGCGGAUCCUGCUGGCGGACCUUGCCGGGUGCGAGCGCAUCAAGCUCGCGGGGACGGAGGAGGGGCUGGCGUUCGAGCAGGCGCGCAACAUCAACCUGUCGCUGCUGGCGCUGGGCUCGUGCAUCGAGGCUGUCGCGACGCGCGGGCGCGGCAACGCGCGGCCCGUGCCGGAGUUCCGCAACAGCACGCUGACGAAGCUGCUGAAGGACUACAUCGGCGGCAACAGCAUCUCGACGAUGAUGGUGACCAUCUCGCCGAGCGAGCGCGACGCGAACCUGUCGGUGCAGACGCUGCGCUUCGCCGACCGCGCGAAGCAGAUCACGACGUACGCGAAGGUGAACACGGUGGACCCGGAGCAGGCGAAGCAGGACGGGUCGGACAUGAGCGACCGGUGGCGCGACGAGUACCUGCGCAAGAAGGAGGCGCUGUACGCGGAGUACCAGCUGAAGGGAACGAUCGAGAAGCUUGUGACACGCAUCGCGGACCUGGAGGAGAAGCUGCGCGAGUCGCCGGACGACGAGCUUGCGGUGCACCUGACGACGGAGAUUGAGGAGCUGCAGAAGGCGCUGACGGAGGCGGACUACCAGAUGGGGCUGCAGCGGCAGAUCCUGUACGGCGAGUUCCUGAUGCUGGAGGACGAGCUGCGCGAGAUGAACACGAAGAUGCAGGAGAUGAAGGAGGAGCACGAGGAGGCGCUGGAGGGCCUGCUUGGCGAGGAGGCCGGGCGGUACGAGGAGAUGAAGCGCGGGUACGAGGUGCGGCUGCGCGCGCUGCAGGACGAGAGCGACGCCGCGCGCACGGCGGCGGACGACGAGAUCGCCGCGCUGAAGCGCCUCGUUGCGGAGCUGCGCGAGAAGCUGGCCGCGAAGGAGGCGGAGUGCGCAGCGCUGGAGCGCGAGAUGGCGGCGCUGCAGGCGAAGUACGACCGUGACACGGCCGCCGCGGCGCACACGCGUGGCGAGCUCGAGGAACAACUGGAGGCACUGCAGGCGGCGCACGAGCAGCACACGGCGGCUGCGGCGACGGCGGAGGCGGCCGCUGCGUCGACGAUCGCUGAGCUGCGCGAGGCGGUGGAGGGGCUGCGCACGCUGCACGCGACGUCGGAGGAGAAGGCGUGUGUGCAGGUAGCGCAGCUGGAGGAGACCUCGACGGAGCUGCAGCGCUGCAUCGAGGAGCGCGACAACCAGCUUGCGGCUGUGGAGGCGCAGCUGGGGCACACGGAGGAGCAGGUGUGCACGCUGACGCAGCGCAUGGCGGCGGCGACGAGCGCGGCGGAGCAGAAGGAGGCGGAGCUGGUGCGUGAGGUGGAGGCCCUGCAGUCGACGCUGAAGCAGCUGCACGAGGACAUGGAGAGCACCGAGGCGGCGCACGCGGAUCGCAGCGCGAAGCAGCAGAACGAACACGCCGCAACACAGCAACAAUUAUGGGAGACCGAGGACGACCUCCGCGAUACGCAGGCCAAACUAACGCACAGCGAAGCCACUCUUGCCGAGACACAGG